CCCUCGUACCAACCGGGCUCAUAAACGUACCACCGUCCCAUAUAUAACGGCGAAUCCCUCCAAGUCCACAUCACCCCUUCCGAGCCCCCACCGCCCCAGCCACCGAGGUCCAAAUCGAACCAACUCCAGGCGAGAGAAGAACAUGGCCAUAACGUCACUGUAAUAAUUGCAAAUCCCAAAUAACCAAAAUAAACCUCACUUAAUAAAUCGCGAGAGAUAACGAACCAAAACAAACAAACAAAAACAACUGAAAUAGAAAACAAAAGAAGGAGAUCCACCUCGAAGUCUCUUCCUCACCACCAUCUUCCCACCCAUUCACUCCCCUCUCCAAUUCCAUCAGCCUCUCUCUUCCCACAUCUGAUCUCUUCUUUUCCCUCCCCAUAGAAAAGUAUAAGAAAAGAAGGAGAAAGAGAGAAAGAAAUGGUAGAGAGAUCAAGAGUAAUAGGAGGAGGGAUGAGAGAAGAAUCGGAGGAGGAGUCGUCAAACAUCAAUACUACCAACAGCAGUAACAACUGGUUCGCCAGCUGGGAGGAUCAGCUGCCGAAGCCCGAAGAGCUGAUGCCCCUCUCGCAAACCCUCAUCACCCCCGACCUCGCCCUCGCCUUCGACCUCCCCUCCCAUCACCGACCCGCCCCUGCCGCAGCCGCCGCAGCCGCAGCCGCAGCCGCCCUCCCCGACCACGAAUCCGGAGGCGGAGCCGCCCUGGUCGGAGACGAGGGGGCGGCGGCGCGGACGCUGAAGCGGCCAAGGCUGGUGUGGACGCCGCAGCUCCACAAACGGUUCGUGGAUGCGGUGGCCCACCUGGGGAUCAAGAACGCCGUCCCCAAGACCAUCAUGCAGCUGAUGGGCGUCGAGGGCCUCACCCGGGAGAACGUCGCCAGCCACCUCCAGAAGUACCGCCUCUACCUCAAGCGCAUGCAGCAGACCUCCUCCUCCGCCGAUGGCCACGGCGGCGCCGCCCUCGCCGGAGGCGGCCACAUCUCGGCGGCCGACCACCAGCUCUUCGCCAGCGGCCCCGUCCCCCACCACUUCCUCAGCCCCCGAGGGCCGGAGCCGCCCUUCGUGCCGCUCGUCCCUGUGAACCCCCUCCACCACCCGCACCAACAGCACCAGAUCGGGCAGCAGUACUACUAUCAGAGGCAGAUGGGGCAUUUUGGGCCGGCGGCGAGCGGGGGCGUCCGUGGGGGUGGUGGUGGGUUCGAUCAUCGGUUCCUGUCGCAGGCCUCGGCACGGCCGAUGGGGAUGCAUCAGAUGGGAAUGGGGAUGGGGAUGGGUUUCCACCCGGCGGCUGCUUCGUAUGGGGAGGAAUUGGAGUCGGGGGAGAGGGGAGGUGGAAGGAGGGAGCUCACUCUUUUUCCCACAGGUGAUGAUUGAGCCUUCCUCCCAGGUAAUCUUCGCUAAUGCUAUGAGAAAGGUUGAGGUUUGGGGUAAAUAUAAAGAAUAGAAAGGAGAACGGUUCUGGCAUUAGGUUGGGGUUUCUUUUUCCAUCCUUACAUUGUUAUUGUCAUCUCUGUCGUGGUCGUCAAAACAUUCUCUGCUCAUGUUGUUAUUGUUGUUGUUGUUGUUGUUCUCAUUGUUGUCAUCGGUAUUAUCAUCGGUAGUAGUUAUAAUUAAUAUUGCCUCAAAAUUGAGUGGAAUUAGGUGUUGGAGCUCCAAAGUAGAAUAGUAUCUCUAAUUGAAUGUUGGCUAUCAUAACUGGGGAUGUUAUCAGAACUAGGAUUUUGAUCAAAACUUGUUGCUUUAUUGUUCUGGGUAGUUAAAGAAAAAUGUGGUGGUAGAAUUCUUGAGCCAGCAUAGGAUGGUGAUUGUAUCAUAUGUCUUUGAAGCGAAUGGAAGUUAGGGAAAUGCAUAAUCAGGGUUUGUUUGAUUGGUCUACACGGACUUGGGUACCCUUUGAUUCUUAGGCUUUUGAUUUGUAAAGUUAAAGAUUGUAAAAUUGAACAGUGUUAGUUUCUAUUUCCUUGUUGUUGCCCAUUGUUCUGAAUUACAUGACUUGAAAAUUCUGUUAAAACUAGUAUUUAUGAAUGUUGUCUGAAUGUUUACUGUAUAACAACCUCCUUGUCGAAAUGAAAAUGUAGCCAAAAACUAUGAGCUUACAAAUUUA